UAAAGGUUGUACUUGCCUUACUGUACGAUUAUUCAUUCUAUUGGAAGAUUAGAACUCAAUUGCGAUCAUUCAUUCAAUGUUCCAUUGUUCCACAUCGUCUCUCCUUACUUCAACGAUUUGAAUUCACUCAAUUCACCCCUAACUAUAUUCGCUUGGACUUAAUUGCUACAUUGUUUUAUUUCCCGCAAGAAUAGUACUUUACAAUGCCAAUUCGAAACCCAUUUGCAAGGCGCCCCGGCCUUCUGGGCGGUACCGAGGCCAAGGAUGAGAACGUCCGACCCGGUGCGCUGGUUCCCAAGUCUGCGCAAGCAGGCUUUGAGAAGGUCGACACAAUUGGGUCCAAGGCGUCUUCUUCUUUGAGCAUUCGAAGUUCAAAAAGCCGAGACACCGGUGAUUACAAAAUGAGUGUUGUCAACGACAGCGGGGUCUAUCUCCCGCCUUCUCCAACCGACGACAAGGGCCUCUGGCCAAGACGUUCAGCAGCGUCCCGAACAUCUAUGGAUACCAGAAGCAGCUUUGGUGAUAUUGAGCAUUUCUCCAUCUCCCGCGAAUCGUUUGAUUCUUAUCGUCGGUCCUUCGACAUAUCGGCUAGAUCACCCAUCAUAGUCCACGAUCAACCCCGCCAGAGUCUCGAUUCUGCUCGAUUUACUCGAUCGCCACGGAUGUCAAUCAGAAACCGGCCUUGGGAUCCACCAACCGCUGAAGAGGGAUUCGAAGAAGUCGGAUUGAAUGAUGACCAGAAGCAGCAACCAAAGAAGAGAAGUUUUUUCUCCAAAUUCUCCGAGUCGCAAGAGCCGAGCGCACCGCAUUCGCAUACCCAGAGUACGGGUAUGGGUAUGUCUCGAUUCAUCCCGGGACGCAAACGAGCGCAAAGCGGUCAGGGAUCCGAAUUAGGUCAUAUCGACCGACCAAAGUCUCGCCAGUCCAUUGAUGAACAAGAGACGCAGUAGUGCCCUAUGCUCUAUACUUUAUACCCCACGUGAGAUGAAUCAGUUGGAGACAAUAUGCAUAGAUGAUUUUACGGAGUUUUGGGGGUACCGGAUGGGGCAUCACGAUAUCUAAGCGAUCGCUUGCCCCCCUGUUUAACGGAGACUUCGAUUUCUUCACGUCUAGUCGCUCGCUUCUGCACAUGACGAGCUGAUAGAUGGUUAGGGACAAAAGACGGAUGGGACAGUUUAAGCUGUGUAAUCUGGGCUCCCCUAAAGGAGAAACUAAUAAUGAGAUAAACUGGGAUUGGAAUGGUAUAGGAUAUCUGGAGAAUCAGAUACCAGCUCUUAAUGACCCGAACAUAUAAUUUUUUGCCUCAGUACAACUAUCAUUCGCAUGUGCUAAUAAAAGUUCCAAUGCAAGCACAUGAUGGAUAAGUAUUCAUAUUGUGGGUUUUGGUAAAUUAAUGGGCAUUAUUCGUUAAGUGAAUCUAAAGAUCUG